AUGGACGCCAGCAUCCCGGAACGGUGUUUGUACGGUCGGUUACACAUUAGGGUAGGUCAAUGUUUCAAAAACUUGGAUUGGAAUGCACUGUGCAGGGUUUUUAUUGCACAGUGCAAUGGUUAAUCGAUUGCACCGUGCAGUCUUAGUUGUUGGUUGCAAAGUGCAAGCUUUCUUUGACUGCACUGUGCAGAGAAAUAAAAAUAAAUAAAUUUUUUAAAAUUAAAUAAAGAAUUAAUUUUAAAUUGAAAAAUGUUACGAUAAACCUCAAAAAUAAAAAAAAAUUUUAAAUUAAAAAAAAAAUUUUUUUAAAUUUUAAGUUUAAAAACUUAAAUUUCAGACAGGAAUCAAGCUGAUUAUAGCCGUUGGAGUAGCGGUGCUGCUUGCUCUAACAGCACUAUUGGCCGUGUACUUUAGAAAAGCCAUCUUUGUACUCAGCAUUUCAUACAUUGUGACGAUAUUGACAGCCGGCGCCGUUUUCCGACGUGAUCAUCGCUUUAUGUACCCAUUACUCGGGGUUUCGGUAUGUUACACUGCCAUUUUUAAACUUAUAAUGGACAAAUGGAUUAGUAGAAGGUUACUUCUGCUAACCCAUAUGUCCUUAGUACUAUAGUAAUCUUCUGUUACUAUAGUAGUUUAUAUUAACCUGUUUUUACUUUUUGGUCAAAAAGUUUGCAGAAAAAUAAUUUUUUCCUCAUUUUUCGGUCAAAAAGUUCAUGGAAUAUUUUUAGUACUUCCACAUAUUCUUGGCUUCACAUUUCCUGCUCAUCUUUGCCUUCUACUUCUUCUUCAAACCCUUGUACAUCUUGAUGGUAUUCAACUGGGCUUUCGAUAGUAAGUUUUUUGUAAAUUAAAUUGUAAAACAGACGAAAACAAACAUAUUUGUUACCUAAAAUUCUAUAAAAAUAUAGUUUUUACUUUGAAAGUGUUAUCAACUUGUUUAUUACCUAAAAAGUGUUAACAACUUAUUUAUUACCUAAAAAAAUAUGUUUUGAUGUAAAACAGUUUAGUUGUUACCUAAAAUAAUAUAUUUUUAUCCAAAAACAUAAUUAUUAUCGAUCUAAAACUUAACAACUUAUUUAUUACCUAAAUAAAGGUAUUUUGAUCUAAAACAACUUAUUUGUUACCGAAAACAACAUUCAAUAACGCCAUUUUCAGCCCUGGACACAGGAAAAAACCCAGGAUAUUACCUAAAAUGUUUUGUCCUAGUCCUUAUUGUUUCUCUUUUCCUUAUCUACAAUAUUUGGCAAGCUGCAAUGGCCAAACACUUCCUCGACCAUCUACAACAAAACGAUCUUAGACUGGAUUCUGGUAUCAAGGUUAGUGGUUCAAGUUCAUCGUCAGUAGCGUUGAAUUAUUCGCAUUCUGAAUCGCCCAAAACUGAGAAACGAAAUGCCAUUGUUUUUGUUGGGGGUCCCGAACUUCAAACUGGCGAAAGAACAAUGUAA